GCCCCACCCGCUCCGCUGCGCCCGCCGGCGGGAACAGUUCCGGGUACGGUGCGCGCCGGGGGCGGUGUCCUGGCCAUGGCCGGCCUGUCGGACUUGGAGCUGCGGCGGGAGCUGCAGGCCCUGGGCUUCCAGCCAGGACCCAUCACCGACACAACCCGGGACGUCUACCGCAACAAGCUGCGCCGCCUGCGGGGCGAGGCCCGGCUGCGCGGCGAGGAGCGGCAGCGGGAGGCGGCCCGGGCGCGGGGCGAGGUGCGGCUGCGGGAGGAGGCCCGGCUGCGCGAGGAGCCGCCGCUGCGCGCCUGGCCCGCCGCGGCCUCCCUGCGGGCGGAGCCCUGGCCCUCCCCGCCGGCCUCGGGCUCGGUCUACGCGACCCUUGGGGCCUCCGGCGAUCUCGGGGCCUCCGCGGCUUCCUGGUCUGGGAGCCGCGGCUUCGCCUACCCCGCCCGUCUCGCGCCGCUCAGACGCCGUGCCUCAGUCCGGGGUAGCUCCGAGGAGGACGAGGACGCCCGGCCACUGGACAAGGCCGCGUCGGGCCUGGGCCACGGAGUCCGUCGCUGGUGGUCCGCGUCCCCGGCCCCGGCGAGGCUGCCCUCCGCCCUCCUCGGCCCUGACCCCCGCCCAGGCUUGCGGGCGACGAGAGCGGGUCCAGCGGGCGCGGCGCGGGCCCGGCCCGAGGUGGGGCGGCGGCUGGAGCGCUGCCUGUCCCGGCUCCUGCUCUGGGCCAGCCUGGGGCUGCUGCUCGUCUUCCUGGUCAUCCUCUGGGUGAAGAUGGGCAAACCCUCGGCGCCGCAGGAGGCGGAGGACAACAUGAAAUUAUUGCCAGUGGACUGUGAGAGAAAAACAGAUGAGUUCUGUCAGGCCAAACAGAAGGCGGCCUUACUGGAGCUGCUGCAUGAACUGUACAACUUCCUGGCCAUCCAAGCUGGUAAUUUUGAAUGUGGAAAUCCAGAGAAGCUAAAAAGCAAAUGCAUCCCCGUAAUGGAAGCCCAGGAAUAUAUAGCAAAUGUGACCAGCAGCUCCUCCGCCAAGUUUGUAGCCGCCCUGACCUGGAUACUGAGCAGUAACAAGGACGUGGGCAUCUGGUUGAAAGGGGAAGACCCGUCUGAGUUGGUGACGACGGUGGACAAGGUGGUCUGCCUGGAAUCCGCCCGCCCCCGCAUGGGGGUGGGCUGCCGCCUGAGCCGUGCCCUGCUCACAGCUGUCACCAAUGUGCUCAUCUUCUUCUGGUGCUUGGCCUUUCUGUGGGGGCUCCUGAUCCUCCUGAAAUAUCGGUGGCGGAAGUUGGAAGAGGAAGAGCAGGCCAUGUAUGAGAUGGUGAAGAAGAUCAUAGACGUGGUCCAGGACCACUACGUGGACUGGGAGCAGGACAUGGAGCGCUACCCAUACGUGGGCAUCCUGCACGUGCGUGACACCCUGAUCCCUCCGCAGAGCAGGAGGCGCAUGAAGCGGGUCUGGGACCGGGCCGUGGAGUUCCUGGCCUCCAACGAAUCCCGGAUCCAGACGGAGUCCCACCGUGUGGCGGGAGAAGAUAUGCUGGUGUGGAGAUGGACUAAGCCCUCUUCCUUCUCCGACUCGGAGCGAUAAACCCUGGGCAGGGGCCAGUUCCCAGUCAGCCUGUCCCAGGCCAGUCCCUUCCAGGGACGUGAGAAGGCCACCAUCCUGCCGGUGCUGAAUUCACACUUGCCUUGACUUUCACCCUCCUCUCGACCCUGGUUCCAAAGGUCUCUCUGUCUGACUUUUCAGAGAUGAGCUCAAUAUGAAAGUAUGGGCUUCCUUGAGGGGCAGAGGGGAGAAACCAGAGGUCAGGUGGGCAGCUGUCCUCUGCACGGGUCUGAUCCUCUCUGCCCCAUUUUGCUGGCAGAAAGGGGAGAUGGGUUUGUUUUCCAUGAAAAGAAAAGGUAGAAGUACAGUGGCCGUGAGACCCUGCAGAGCUAGCGUGUGGUUGGGUGGACAGCAGCUUGUCCACUGCGAGUGAGCGCCCGGCAGCAAGGUGGGCACCAUGCCUGUGGGAGGUGGGUUGGGAUGGUGGGCUGGGGCAGCAGGGGUUGGGAAGCAGCUUGGUCAUGUGCCUUCGGGGGAUGUUACUUGGGAGCUGAGGGAUGAGGGGAGAAAGCCAGCCCUCUAGCUGAAUCGGGCCUCUUAUCCAGGAGGGGAAAGAGGCUAGAAAUUAGAGCAAGUACUGUAGGACAACUAUCUAGAAACGCUGGCUCUGGCGUGGGGGGCCUCAUGUCAGGUGGAGUGAGCAGCUGGUGUGGCUUCCUGGGAGGAACCUUGAGUUGACCCAGGGCCAAGAGCAGAGAGGAGGAUCGAGGCUGCCGCCAGUCACCAACCUGGCAGUGCCACCGGAGGCAGCCUCCCUGGUGGGCCUCUUCACUGGACCAGUGCAGCCACAACACUGCACCCGAUCGAGAUUCUAGGACCUGGGGAGCCUCGCGCUUCCUGUGGGCGAAGAUCAUCUGGUUGACAGCGACCGUGGCCUCCCAUCCUGGGGCAGUUUAAGGAGAACUUCAGCGUGGUGCACAUUGGUGCUGUUCCUGGGCACAGAGGCCACCGCUGCCCCCUGCUGGCCACCGGCCGAGCGUCCUUAUGGCCCCCGUGCAGCCCAUCCGCCGCUAGGCGGGAGCAGGCUCCAGAAACACCCCACGGGGGGCCUUAUUAGUUAAGUGCGGGGAGCCUCUCCAGCAGACCACAUCCUCAUAUGUUCUCAUACGCGGCAGGCGGGAAAGGGGGCCCGCAGAGGAGAUGGAACAGCUGCCUCCAAAAGGCAUUAACCCCCCUUUCUGGAAUUAUUGGUAUUUUUUGUUUCCUUAAUAAAGCUCCAGUCUCCCUCAUUUGAGCAAUACACUCUCAUUUCCUCUGAUGUCUGGGUGAACAGCGGGGCUGGAAUCCAAGUGCUGGCCCGGUGGCAAAACAGAAGUCUUCUAAUCAGGCUCCAGCCAGAAGAAUAAGAAACUGCAGCAGGCUUCAAUAUCAGGGUUGAAACUUGGAUAAAUAAACUAUUAAAAAUGGA